GGAGUAAUUCGUCGGAGACGGCUCCAUAUUCCCGGGGCCGCGGCGGCUGCGGCGGGGAUGGAGCGGGCGGCGCGGGCGGCGUAGCCCAGCGCGCACGGGGGGGCCGCGGGCAGCGCCGCGCCCGCCGCCGCCGCGGGGCGAGGGCUCCCCGGCCGCCCCCGCCCGGCCAGCCCGCUCCCUGGUACCGGGGGCUGCUGGGGUUGUGUCCAAGGCCUCCCCCUCCCCCGCGUACACACUCACACACACAGACACACGCACACACACUCACACUCACACACACACCCCAUCUCCUCCUGCCGCCGCCGCCGCCGGAGAGAUCGGGGAUCGCCCGCGGCCCGGCCCCGCUCCCGGCUGCGCCCCGUGCCCGGGCGCAUCGCACCCCGCGGGGGCUCGCCCGGCUGCCCCCGGGGCGGCGUGCGCGGGGCGGGGGGACACACGGCGGCUCCCACGGCGGCUCCCGAUGGCUCGUCCGCGGCCCCGAGAAUACAAGGCUGGAGACCUGGUGUUCGCCAAAAUGAAGGGGUACCCGCACUGGCCGGCCCGGAUUGAUGAACUUCCUGAAGGAGCCGUGAAGCCUCCAGCAAAUAAAUACCCCAUCUUCUUUUUUGGGACUCAUGAAACCGCGUUCCUGGGGCCCAAAGACCUUUUCCCAUAUAAAGAAUAUAAAGAUAAGUUUGGGAAAUCGAACAAGCGAAAAGGAUUUAAUGAAGGCCUGUGGGAAAUAGAAAACAACCCUGGAGUAAAGUUUACUGGAUAUCAGGCAAUUCAGCAACAGAGCUCAUCAGAAACUGAAGGAGAAGGAGGAAAUACAGCAGAUGCCAGCAGUGAGGAGGAGGGUGAUCGGGUAGAAGAGGAUGGAAAAGGAAAAAGAAAGAAUGAAAAAGCCGGCUCAAAACGGAAAAAAUCCUACUCUUCAAAGAAAUCCUCCAAGCAGUCACGGAAAUCUCCUGGAGAUGAAGAUGAUAAGGACUGCAAAGAGGAAGAAAAUAAGAGCAGCUCUGAUGCUGGGGACGCAGGCAAUGACACAAGAAACACUUCUUCAGAUUUGCAGAAAACCAGUGAAGGGACUUAACCAACAUAAUGACUGCUGAAUAUUAAGGGAAAACACAAGAAGGUUACAUGUUUGGUUGUCUAAUAUUCUUGGAUUUGAUAUGAGUCACCACAUCUGUUCAUUAGUACCAUCAACAGCAUCCCAGUUUGUAUGCACAUUAUUCACAUUCCUAUCUGUUGUGUUUGCAGAAAUGACAUUUUUACCCUUUUUUCUAAGGGUUACUUUUUGAUUUUCAUAUUAUUUGGUUGCAUGAAGUUGCCCUUUUCCAGUGGCUGAGGUUUAUGAAGAUAUUGCAUACUUGAACAUGUUUUAGAUUCCUUUUCUAGACAGAAAAGGCAUAACUCCAAAUUAUAUCAUUCUAAAUCAACAUUUUUUAAACGCAACUAAAUCUUAGAAAUGAGUCCCCUCCAUACAAUGCUACAAUAAUCUUCCACGUACAAAUAUAAUUUUAAAUUUUCCUAUAUCCAUUCUCUCUUGGGUUUUGAUCAGUUUACAACAUAAAAGAAAAAUUCUUCUUCAGUUGAAAUCACCAAGUUCAAUAAUGUAAUAAAAUACCUUUCCUUAUUAGAAGUACCUAGCUAGUUAUACUCUUAAUACUUCUCCAAACCAUGAUGUAAUGUACACUAUCUGACUUAGUUCCUAUAUGUGGAGUUAGUGAAAGUCUUUUUGUGUUUCUUUAGAUUAAUACAAGGAUUUUUCCAAUGCCAACACAAUUUGAAAUCAUUCAUUUGGAUGCUUUCCAUUUUUAAGCUUACUGUGAUAUACAGCCCUAUGGGAAACCAAAACAAAACAUCAAUUUUAAAUAACGAAAGGCUUAAAAAAGGAUGCUGUCAUUCUGGCUUUUUUUUCCUUUUGGAAAUAGAACUAGACUAGUAAGUAAGCAUUCCAAAUCCAUUACUCUGUGUACAUUAUUGUUGCUAUUGUGAUAAUAGAGAUUUUUAUUUAUUUUUAUGCCAGCUUUUAUUGUGAAAACAUAUUUAGUCUGGUUUUAUCAAUCCUUGUUAUGCUUGUCCUUGAAACAUCUUUUGCGUAUUCAAGGUUUGUAGUUGAUGAGUUUACUGUAAAAAACUAAAAAAAAAAAACCACAAGGGAAAAAAAAACCACCAAAACAAAACAAAAAGGAAACAAAAAAAAUGUAUUGUUUUUACAGAAUAAAUUUAUUGGAAUGUGUAUUGGGAGUAAGGUUUGAGGUUGUAAGCAACUAAGUUAGCGUCAUAUUUGGCUUCAUACGUGUAAUAAUGUGAGGUAUUAAUGUAAGUCAAGUAUUAAAGCAAAACAUUCUGUUAACAUGAGUUGACCAUAAUAGAUACAAGUGCAGGUGAGAUCUUUAUUUUUUCUGUACUUUGCCUUUUCUGGAUAACAGGAGGUCAUUAAAUUCACCUUGAAUGUA